AUUCUGACCGCCUCUCUAAUGUUUCCGGUUUAGACUUUCACUGUUUAGACUGAGAGUUACAUCUCUAAUCAUGGAUCAUGAAGCUUGUGGUAAAAAGUGUGUAAAAUGGCAAGAUGUAUCAGAAUACACAGACAAAUAUUUAAAACCUUCCAUGAUACCUACAAAACCGGAUCCAUGGAAGAAUGCACCCACACUAAGGGAGAUAGACAUGCUCUCAGGAAGGCCUAGAACUCCCAAUGAUCCAUACACAGUUCUUACUGACUUGCAGAUAAAAAACUUGAAAAAGGAUGCAACACCAUUCUUCAUGCUUGAAGAUCCAAAUGCUAUGUCUGACAGAAAUAAAGUGGUUUAUCCAGCUCCCAUGAAACGUUAUGCUACAAACACAAGCCAGUAUUUAUUUCGUGACACACCACCUCGUUCCCACCCGCACUGUUGGAUAGAUGAACAGUGGCAGAGAGACCCCCCAGAAGAUCACAACACAUGUCGUCUUGGUGCUUCAUUACGAUGGGGACCAUCAAAAACAGGUGAAAGAACUAUCAGUCAUUUUCAAAAUGAGGAUGUUCAUAGGUACCUAAACAUUGAUGUAUACAAAAGGCCCCCUACAAAUCUGCCCUCCAUUGUUGUUAUGAAGCAUGGAAGACCUGGCCAGGGAUAUUAUGAUCAGAGAAAUCCAAACUUCAACACCUGGUUUGGCUCCACUCAUCGACUCAAUGAUACAGCUAUUCUAACUAACAUCAGGUCAAAAACCUUUGCUGAUUAUGAUCAGCUGAAAUCAAUGGAGCAGGCAUACCAGAAGCACCAAGCUUCCAAAUGGCCUGAAGUUUCAGAAUACACCGACAAGUAUUUGCUGCGAAGCAGGCCUGAAAUUGUAUUUGAUUUAAUGGAACAUAGAAAAGAAUUCCACAGAAAGCAGAGGCUUGAAGAAGCAAAUGAGAAACUACAGGCAGAAAUUGUAGCAGGCGAUGUAGAUCAGUCACUUAGACCUCAGCCCGCCGUAGUGUGAUACCCCUAGUUACUUCAAACAUGCAUAUAUUUGUGACUAUGUUGCUAAAACUAAUAUUUGUAAGAAGAAUACCUCCUGUUUAUCCUGCAGUAUUUUUUAGUAGUAUUUGAUUAUUUUAAAUAUUCAUAUUAGCUAGAAAUUAUUUAACAUUUAUAGUUUUGUUGUAAGAGGCAUACCAGAAACUAAACAAAAUAUGAAGUUAAAAUUUAUUUAUCCUCACUAUUAAACUAAAUUAUAUAUAACAAUGUCUCUUAAUUUGAAAAAAAAUUCCCCACAAAGAACAAGAUAGCCAUAUAUGUUUAGUA